UUAUAUUUUUUUUAUUAUUUCUCUGAUAAAUUAGCUUAUUGAUUUGUUUUUUUAAGUAUUUAUCUUGAUAUACAUCUUAAUUAAGUCUUGUUAUAUUUUUUUUAUUAUUUCUCUGGUAAAUUAGCUUAUUGAUUUGUUUUUUUAAAGUAUUUAUCUUAAGCUUUAUUGUAACCAUGAAUUUACAGAAAUUUUCCAACGAUUUUCCAUCUUUAGUUUAUUUAGUACGAAAUAAUUCAUAUCCAGUACAUUCAGAUUAUACCACAUUUAUGUCAAGAUUAAAAACAUAUAACUCAUAUCCAUCUACUUCAUCUCAAAAUAAAUAUUCGUUAGCUGAAUCUGGUUUAAAAUAUACCGGUGUAGGUGAUAUAGUUGAAUGUUUUUUCUGUGGACUUGUCUUACAAAAAUGGUCAAACGAUGAUAUACCAUGGGUCGAACACGCAAAAUGGAAUCCUAAAUGUAUAUUUGUAUUACUAUGUAAAGGAAAUGAAUUUAUAGAAAAUGUAAAAAACGAAUAUGUAAAAGCUAGCCAUGUUUGUGAUUUUAUUACAUUUAUUUCUAUUCGUUUUUAAAAAUUAUCAUCAGAAAUCGUCUAUAUCAAAAAGAUCACGUCGUCAUACAAUAUGAAUCCAUCAAUUGUUGUCGCAAAAUCAAUAUUCAGUAUUAGACCUUUUAACAAGAAAAGUGU